AUGUCCGGCCUCUUUGCUCUUGGAUCCAAUGGAUCGGGGCAGUUAGGGCUAGGGCACAAAGAAGACGUAUCAGUGCCUAAGCCCGUGGUCUUCCACUGCGAGCCCCCCUCGGACCCGAUCGUGAAGGUUGCGGCGGGAGGGAAUCAUACUAUCGUUCUCACAGACUCAGGCAAAGCCUACUGGAGCGGAGAUUCGUCUAAAGGAGCCUGCGGUAUCACGACCAUCAGCACCGCCGACAAUGCGCAAUUCGAAGAGCUCAUCUUGUCGGAAACUGAGUCCCUUGGCCCCAUCGCGGCCGUGGCUUGCACCUGGGAGAGCUCUACAUUUGCACUGAAAGACGAAGACGGGAAAGCCACGUUGCUGUACAGCUGUGGCACCGGAGAGCAAGGACAGCUCGGUUUCGAGGCGAAGGGGAUCGUGGAACCGAGGCUUAUCCCCAAUUUUCCACCUCCAGGCACUGAAGUCGUUCAUCUUGAAGCGGGGCUGGCGCACAUGGUAGCCGUUCUAGAUACUGGCGAGAUUUACGGAUGGGGAAAUGGCAGAAAAGGGCAGCUUGGCCAGCUUGUCAAUCUCGAUGAUGGCGGGCCAUCAGCUCCAGUCAUACAUCUUGCGCCGCAAAAGAUCGGACUCGGCAGUGAGGUCGAUUUCAGGGUUAUCAGUACUGUUUGUGGCCAGCAUUCAACAGUUCUUAUCGGCGAAGAAAAGGAGGGCAAGGUCGCAGUACUCGGUCCAGACAAAUGGGGUUUGAAAUCCAAUGCGCUCAAAGCUGUGCCUGGGUGGGUCUCAAUCACAGGGAGUUGGGGAAGUGUAUACGCUCUCAAAUCUGAUGGCAUACUCAUUGCAUGGGGCCGCGACGACCACGGUCAGCUGCCACCGCCGGGCCUGCCGAAACUCAAGAGCGUUCAAGCAGGCAGCGAGCACGUUCUUGCUAUUACCGAAUCUGAUGAAGUAAUCACCUGGGGAUGGGGCGAACAUGGCAAUUGCGGGCCGCAAACGGAUGGGAAAGCUGGCGAUGUCAAAGGGCGUUGGAAUACCAUUGCUUCGUCUACGAAUCUGCCUGAUGGUUCCCAAGUCACCGCCAUCGGAGCGGGUUGUGCGACUAGCUGGAUAUACGUGCAAGCAGAGGGCAUACAUCUAUAG